AUGAAGGGUGCUUUCCUUGCCACUGCGGCUGCCCUCGCCGGUACCGCUCUGGCUGAUGGCGGCGCUCACAUGCGUCGUCACGGUCACGACUCUUUCCACCAGCGUCGUGCCGUUCAGGCUGAGCCCGAGGAGUCUUGCGGCUGCACCACCGAGGUCAUCACCGUCUGGGGAACCCCUACCCUCGUGCCCGCUGCGGUCCCUACCACUGUGACUUCCGACGUCGUCACCACCCUCCACUCCACCAGCUACACCACCGUUACCGUUGUCGCUACCCCCGGCGAGUCCACUGCCCCUGCUGAGGCUGCUACCACUGCCGAGGGUGCUGGUGCUACUGGCGGUGCUGCUGGCAACGCCUCCCCCAGCGAGUCUACCCCCGCUGCUGGUGGUGCCACCGGUGGUGCUGCCGGUGCUGCUUCUGGCACUUCCUCCACCCCCGAGGGUGUCGCUGCUACCGGUGCUGCUGGCGGCAAUGUCGGCCAGGUCUCCUCCUCCACCCCUGUCGCUGCUGCUACCACCUCCAGCCAGGCUGUUGUCCCCACCCCGGAGACCACCACCUUCUCCUCCACUGGUGUCUACACUAUCCCCGCGGCUACCGUGACCGUCUCUGACACCACCUCCGUUGUCGCUGGCACCACCACCUCCCUGGCUAGCGGUACCCAGACCUACGGUGGUGUCACCACCAUCGUCGAGACCUCGACCACCGUCACCUGCCCCUAUGCCACCGUCUCCCCCUCUGGCUCCACCGUUACCAGCAUCAUCCAGACCACCACCUACGUCUGCCCCGAGGCCGGUACCUACACCAUUGCUCCCACCACCACCUACGUUCCCUCCAACACCGUUGUGACCUACCCCACCGUCUCCACGGUCACCCCCGGCACCUACACCCACAGCGCUAUCACUGUGACCGCCACCGUCACUGACUACACCUACACUUGCCCCUUCGCCAACGCCAACGAGCCCACUAGCACCCCUGCUGCCGCUACCACUAGCGCUGUUGUGGUGACCACCCCGGCUCCUGCCACCACCACCGCUGCCGCUGUCACUUCCUCCGUUCAGUCUAGCACUGUGGCCAGCUCCAGCGCCGCCGCCAGCUCUGGCGUCAGCGCCAGCGGCAACAGCAUGGGAAUGACCUACACUCCCUACAGCAACUCGGGUGGUUGCAAGUCCAAGGCCACCGUCGAGUCGGACAUUGAGACCAUCGCCAACAAGGGCUUCACCCACAUCCGUCUCUACUCCACCGACUGCAGCACCCUCGAAUACGUUGGCUCCGCUGCCAGCAAGUACGGCCUCAAGCUGAUCCUCGGUGUCUACAUCUCCAGCACCGGCACCUCGGGUGCUCAGGACCAGGUCACUGCCAUCACCGAGUGGGGUCAGUGGUCCAUGGUUUCCCUCAUCGUUGUCGGUAACGAGGCCAUCUCCGACGGUUACACCACCGCCAGCGAGCUCGCCACCUUCAUCUCCUCCUGCAAGUCCAGCUUCGAGGCUGCCGGCUACACUGGCCAGAUCACCACCACUGAGCCUGUCGACAUCUGGCAGGAGUACGGCAGCAGCACCCUGUGCUCUGUCGUUGACGUUCUCGGUGCCAACAUCCACCCCUUCUUCAACUCCGAGACCACCGCCGCCGAGGCCGGUACCUUCGCCUCCACCGAGGUCGCCCUCCUGAAGAAGAUCUGUACCAACAUGGAUGUCAUCAACCUCGAGACCGGCUGGCCGAGCAAGGGUAACGCCAACGGUGCUGCCGUCCCCGGUACCACCGAGCAGGCCACCGCCAUCAAGGGCAUCCGCGAGUCCGUUGGAGAGCUGUCCGUCUUCUUCUCCUACGCCAACGACCUGUGGAAGGACCCCGGCGAGUACGACGUUGAGCAGUACUGGGGUUGCAUUGACCAGUUCUAA